AUGCCGAGUCAAGAGGUUGUUACAACAAAAGUUGUGGUUCAUCCACUGGUAUUAUUAAGUGUCGUGGACCAUUUUACUCGUAUGGGAAAAAUAGGUAAUCAAAAACGCGUUGUAGGUGUUUUACUUGGAUCUUGGCGAGCUAAAGGAGUAUUAGAUGUGUCAAACAGUUUUGCAGUGCUUGUUAUUAUUGAUGCUAAACCAAAAGAUCUUGGUCUUCCUACUGAGGCGUAUCAAGCCGUCGAAGAAGUUCAUGAUGAUGGAUCACCCACAUCGAAAACUUUUGAGCAUAUUCCCAGUGAAAUUGGUGCUGAAGAAGCUGAAGAAGUCGGUGUAGAGCAUUUACUAAGAGAUAUCAAGGACACAACUGUUGGCACAUUGAGUCAAAGAAUUACUAAUCAACUACUUGGACUCAAGGGUAUUCAUGCACAACUUCGUGAAAUUAAAGAUUACUUGAUUCAGGUUAGCACUGGAAAACUUCCUAUCAAUCAUCAAAUUGUAUAUCAACUUCAGGAUAUAUUUAAUUUACUUCCUGAUAUGACUCAAAAUACUUUCGUAGAUUCAUUAUAUAUAAAAACUAACGAUCAAAUGUUAGUAGUGUACUUAGCCGCGCUUGUCAGGUCUAUAAUCGCUUUGCACAAUCUUAUAAAUAAUAAGUUGACGAACCGUGAUGCCGAGAAAAAAGAAACGGAUAAGAAAACAGACAUAAAGAAAGAAGAAAAAAAAGAGGAUGAGAAAAAAGAUGAGAAAGAAAAAGCUAAAGCUAAGUGA